UCCAAAAUAAACAAAAGUUAUUCAAAGAAAUGUCAAACAAUACGAAUGAUUAUCCAUCAUGUAUUAAAAUACCAAAUGCAAAACCAGAUCAUAAAACUAUACAACAUCAAAUAAAAGAUAAUCUUCCAUUAGUUACACAAUUACAGAGGAUAAAAUGUGUGAACGAUGCAUUAUUGUCAGCAGCAAAUGAAAUAUUUGGAGAAGAAAAAUGGAGUUAUUCUGUCUGUAAUCAAACAUUAGAUUUUGUUGAUUCUGCCUGGGGUGUUUAUAUUGUUGGAUGUCAUACAAUAAUUAAAAUAGAAUUAAGUUCUGGAAUUUAUCACGAAGACAUGGGAUAUAGUAUUAAGGAAGGACCAGUCAAAGGUGAAGCUAUACAUUGUGCCAGAAUUGUAAGUAAAAAUAUAUGUUAA